UGGAAGGAGGCGGGAAAUUGGAGGGUUUUCAUUUCAUUUCAUUUCAUCUCAUCUGAGCUCUCUCGAAGACAAUGCUGAGCGGCAGAGAAAGCUUGAUUCGAUUGAUCGGCAAACGCCGUCGCUUCCUUCCUCAUCGCCAUUCCAUCCUCACCGAUCCCAUUCCCACCCCUCUCCACGCCGUUCAACCCGAACAACAACAACCGCUGCAACCUCCCCCAGCCGAACACACCCCCCAAAACGACGACGUUCGCUGCCCCAUCUGUGGCCGCACGCUUCCCUCCAACAACCGCGACAUCAACUCUCACCUCGAUUUGUGUCUUUCUCUUUCACAAUCAGUAGAAAGAAGUAGUGGAAAGAAACGAAGACUCACCCAACGCACACUUCUUCAGUUAAACUUCACUCGCCCUCCUAAGGAUAUCGUUAGCAACGGGGAUGCUGCAUCACUCGUGCAGAGUCCGGAGGAAGAGGAGGAUGACAGGUGUGGAGGAGACUUCACGGAGGUUGAACCCGAUGCUGCAAUUAGCAUCGCCACCACCUCCUUGAACAAUGGGGUGCUAGAUCAAGAUGAUAACUGUUUUGAACACGUGCGAGGCCUGGAAGAAGAGGAUGAUCAUGGCACGUGUGAAGAAGGAGAAUCCACGGAGGUUGAUCUUGAUUCUGCAAUGCCAAUUAGCACCCCCGCCGCCACCUCCUCGAACGGUGGGGUGGUUGAUGAUGAUAAUUUUUGUGAACCCCACAAUUUAUACGGAUCGAAGCUUCAAACGUUUAUAGUUGGUCGAAGAUAUGCUGAUCAAGAGGAAAUGUGUGCUGGUGCAGAAGUGUUACUUUUGAGAGACCCUCAAAAUGUUAAGGACCCCAAUGCCAUAAAGGUUGUUUCUGCAGAUUCUGGGUGUUCUAAAUUUCUAGGUUUUCUCCCGCGUGUGCUAGCUCAGUAUCUAUCUCCUCUUAUUGACAAUUACGGCCUUAUAUUUCAGGGACAUGUCACUUCUGUUCCAAAACAUGCUCUUGAUGUUGUUCCGAUUCAGAUUAUGUGCCACAGAACAUCAUAUGGUGAAUGCAAUUAUGAAGAUGAGACCUUUAAAUGCUUAUGGACAAAUGUUCAGCGUGUUGUUAAAUUUGCAUUCAAGGAUCCUCCUUCAUCUGUAAAGUAUCAUCUGAAUUUUUGUCUUAUGCUACAAGAGGUGUUAAGAAAUAAUAUUCACCUUCUAACAGAAGACGAGAAAACCUAUAUGGAGUCAUUCACUUUACUCUCAAAUGACAGUCAGAGGCUUUUUAUUCGGCUAUACACAAGAAAAGGACCUUGGUUUCGCAUGUCUAGUAUAUCAUAUCCUGAAAUAAUGGAUGCUCAAAGGGCCGCCAAGGAACUUGCUGAGAAAGAGUACAUACAUUCUGUUGAAGAUGGAAUUCAACUUUGUGAAGAUGACAUGAAUGAUAUAUUGAAUGUGCUCACUGUCUCUGAACUGCGAGAAAUUUGGUGCCUUUUGCUUAAAAAGAAUUGUGGUCGUGGGAUGAAGAAGCAAGAUCUCAUUUCAUCUCUUCUUUCUACGCAUGCAGGCGUACUCUGGGCACACCUAGUAACUAUAAUUUUGGACAGAACUGGUUCCUGUAUUAAGAUUUCUUCAAAAGCUGAAACUCUUAUCUGGCGUACUGAGCGACUUUUCUUCUUAAAUGGAGAACAGGAUCUCUCAUCCUUUCUACUUGUUGAUAUGGGGAAAAUGAAGUAUCCCACUUACAACUGCAUAAUAUCAGAACCAAUUUUCUCAAAUCGCAGUAAUCUGCUCGCAUACGAAGAGGCCAUUGAAGUUGCACAGCUUAUGGAUGAAGCACUUGAUGCAAACAGAGAUGAUGUGGUAUUAAGGUGCAUAAAGAAUGCUGAAUCCUAUGUAUCCACUGCUUUGCCCAUUCAGUACUCAACUUCUGAAUCAGCAUCUACAAUCCGUCAGUUGUUUACAGCAUCAUAUGUAUACUCCAAAGUGGUCACAUUGGGAAUCUCCUUCCUUGAGCAAGAGCGCAGGUAUAAUGAGGCAAUUGACUUACUUAAGUGGCUGCAAAAUGUUUUUACCUGUGAUGUAAAAAGAGGAUAUUGGACACUGAGGUUAUCAGUUGACUUGGAGCACUUGGGCCGCUUUGAAGAAAGCCUUCAAGUGGCUGAAAAUGGGUUGUUGGAUCCAUGGGUACGUGCUGGUUCAAGAUUGGCACUGCAAAGGCGGGUUCUUCGUUUAGGGAAACCACCAAGACGGUGGAAAGUUCCUAGUUUUUCUAGGUCUGCACUGCGUAAGAUCCCUGAGAUUUAUGUUCAAGGUAGACCUCUGAAUUCUGAAUUGGGAGCAAAGAAUAGGUUCUACAAUGAAGAGGGAGAGCAAUGUGGAGUGGAAGAGCUUGCUUUGCACUAUUAUGCCGGGGAGGGAGGUGGAUGGCAAGGUGUUCAUACAGAAAGUGGCAUAUGGUUAACCAUUUUUGGGCUUCUUAUGUGGGAUGUAAUAUACGCUGAUGUUCCGAAUGUCUUCUACACUAGAUUUCAGAAUGCUCCUUUGGAUUUGGGUACUGAUAGCUUUUAUACAGCAAGAAAGAGUAGCAUAGAGUCCCGUCUGCAACAAAUUCGCGAUGGCAUGGCUGAGGAGUUUCUUAUUAAGUCAUGGGAAACACACAUGGGAACAGCUUGUAGAGGAGUUAACUGGGACCGCCAUUCUUUAGAUGAGCUUCGUGCUGCUGUUACUUGUGUUGGGGGCUCUUGCUUGGCGUCUCUCUGUGAACUUCUUUGUCAAGACUAUCGUAGCUGGUCCAGCGGAAUGCCUGACUUGCUGUUAUGGCGUUUCUGCGGAGAAUACAGUGGUGAAGCCAAGCUUGUUGAAGUGAAAGGCCCCCGGGAUCGACUCUCUGAACAGCAGCGAGCAUGGCUCAUGCUGCUAAUGGAUUGUGGAUUUAUGAUCGAGGUUUGUAAAGUGAAACCUUUGUUAGAUCAACAAAAAUGAUCACAAGCUGCUUAAAAUUACUUUAGAAGCACACAGAAGAUUACAAUAACAAUUUUUUCAUCAUGAGAAGAGUUCACUUGGCAGAAUUUCAUCAUCAAUUCACCAGCAUUGUUCUUGGAAAGAAAAGGAACUGCUCUAGACCAAAAUUGAUUAUACUAGAUUGAAAAUAAGGAGGUCUGCCAGAGGAAUUAAAGGAGUUCAAGGAACUGAUGAAGUAUUGGAACCCAGACCGAAAUAUACUGGUCCCACAUAAUGAAGAAGCUGAAGGGGUUUCUGACACCACAUACAAAUAUACUCGAGUCGGGUAGAACCACUAUGAGAGUUCUUCAGGCAUGCCUAAAGCUCAAACCUCCAUACAAAGUGGGAUCAACCCCUUGCUAGCUUAUCCGGCCAUUCACUUGGUCGCAUCUCAUUUUUACCGUAUAACAUCAAAUCUGAUUUUUACUUAUUUUUUAAUUUAUUUUUUUAAACUUGAGUUGGAUUCUUGAAAGAAUGUUGUAUUAAUUUAAGUACCGAGUGAUAUUUUAUAUUUACAUACAUGUUUAAUGUUGAAGUUUUAAGGAAAAA